AUGGACUUACUGAGCCCCAUGGAGAUGACGGAGGGCUCCCUCUGCUCCUUCACAGCUGCUGAUGACUUUUACGAUGACCCAUGCUUCAACACGUCAGACAUGCACUUCUUCGAGGACCUGGACCCCCGGUUGGUGCACGUGGGGGGACUGCUGAAGCCCGAGGAGCACUCGCACCACCACGGGCACCACCAUGGGCACCCGCACGAGGAAGAGCACGUCCGAGCUCCCAGUGGGCACCACCAGGCCGGCCGCUGCCUGCUGUGGGCCUGCAAGGCUUGCAAGAGGAAGACCACCAAUGCCGACCGCCGCAAGGCUGCUACCAUGAGGGAGCGGCGGCGGCUCAGUAAGGUCAACGAAGCCUUUGAGACCCUCAAGCGCUGCACCUCCACUAACCCCAACCAGCGCCUGCCCAAGGUGGAGAUCCUGCGCAACGCCAUUCGCUACAUCGAGAGCUUGCAGGCACUGCUGCGGGAGCAGGAGGACGCUUACUACCCAGUGCUGGAGCACUACAGUGGGGAAUCGGAUGCCUCCAGCCCUCGUUCCAACUGCUCUGAUGGCAUGAUGGAGUACAGCAGGCCGCCUUGCAGCUCUCGCAGAAGAAACAGCUACGACAGCAGCUACUACACAGAAUCACCAAAUGAUCCAAAGCAUGGGAAGAGUUCCGUUGUUUCCAGCCUUGAUUGUCUCUCAAGCAUUGUAGAAAGGAUUUCCACAGACAACUCCACAUGCCCUAUACUGCCUCCAGUGGAAACUGUUGCUGAAGGGAGUCCCUGUUCCCCUCAAGAAGGAGUGAGUCUGAAUGAUGGAGGAGCCCAAAUUCCUUCUCCCAACUGCACUCCCCUUCCCCAGGACAAUAGCAGCAGCAACCCUAUUUACCAAGUGCUAUAA